AUGUUGUGGUUGCUGUCAUUUUCAGUCUUUCCUUUCAGCAGGAAAGUGUCCAAGAAAGUAGAAUUAGGAUUCUCUAUUGAUUUUUCUCUCUUUUCAUUGUCUUCCACCCUUUCCUUGCUUUUCCUUCCUCCCCCCUCUCUCAUUCUCUUUUGUUUUACUUUCCUUUAUUUCUCUCACCAUCUUGCUUUGCACCCCCCCUUUGUCUCUCAUUCUCACUUGCUUUUUCUCCUGUUUGCCUCACCUUCUCUUACUUUACUGUCUCUCUUACACUACUUAUUUCUUUCUGUCUUACUCUCUCUUGCAUUCCCAACUUUUAUCUGCCUCACAUCUUGUUGCUUUCCUUCCAUAUCUUUUAAACUCCCUUUUGCUUACCAUUCAUGUCUCUUACUUUCCCUCUUGCUUUCUAUCCAUGUCUCUCACACUCUCUUGCUUCCCUUCCUUUAUUUCUCUCUUGUUUUAAUCCCUUUUGUCUCUCUAAUCCUUUCUUUCUUGCUUUCCUUCUUAUUUGUCACAACUUCAAUUGCAUUUUUGGCUUGCAAUACUCUUUCUUACUUUUCCUCCCAUUUUUUUCUCAACUACACUAGCUUUCUCUCUUUUUGUCUCUCUCACCUUCUUUUGCAUUAUCUUCCAUUUUCUCUCUCAUCCAUCUUUACUUUUCCUCUUUUAUUUCUCUCACUUUUUGAAAAUAGUAGAAAAUUCAGUCUCUUUUUCUAUUCAUUCCUGCCUGUGUCUCUCUCUUUUUUCAUUCCAGUCUAUGCCUUUUUCACUGUUCUUUCUGGUCUGUUUUUUUCUCUGUUCAUUGUGGUCUGUGUCUCUUUUCUCUGUCCAUUCCAGUUUAUGCCUUUUUCUCUUUUUUAUUCUAGUCUGUGUCUUUUUUUCUCUGUUUUUGGUCUGUUCUUUUUUCUGUUCAUUGUGGUCUGUGUCUUUUUCUCUGUUCAUUGUGGUCUGUGUCUUUUUCUCUGUUCAUUGUGGUCUGUGUCUUUUUCUCUGUUCAUUGUGGUCUGUGUCUCUUUUCUCUGUCCAUUCCAGUUUAUGCCUUUUUCUCUUUUUAUUCUAGUCUGUGUCUUUUUCUCUGUUCUCUCUGUUCUUUUCUCUGUUCAUUGUGGUUUCUUUUUCUGUUCAUUGUGGUCUGUGUCUUUUCUCUCUCAUUCUGGUCUGUGUCUCUUUCUCUGUCCAUUCCAGUUUAUGCUUUUUUUUCUAGUCUGUGUCUUUUUCUGUUCAUUGUGGUCUGUGUCUUUUUCUCUGUUCAUUGUGGUCUGUCUUUUCUCUGUUCAUUGUGGUCUGUGUCUCUUUUCUGUCUCAGUUUAUGCCUUUUUUCUUUUUUAUUCUAGUCUGUGUCUUUUCUCUGUUCAUGGUCUGUGUCUUUUUCUCUGUUCAUUGUGGUCUGUGUCUUUUUCUCUGUUCAUUGUGGUCUGUGUCUUUUUCUCUGUUCAUUGUGGUCUGUGUCUCUUUUCUCUGUCCAUUCCAGUUUAUGCCUUUUUCUCUUUUUAUUCUAGUCUGUGUCUUUUUCUCUGUUCAUUGUGGUCUGUGUCUUUUUCUCUGUUCAUUGUGGUCUGUGUCUUUUUCUCUGUUCAGUCUUCUGUGUCUUUUUCUCUGUUCAUUGUGAUCUGUGUCUUUUUCUCUGUUCAUUGUGGUCUGUGUCUUUUUCUCUGUUCAUUGUGGUCUGUGUCUUUUUCUCUGUUCAUUGUGGUCUGUGUCUCUUUUUUCUCUGUCCAUUCAGUUUAUGCCUUUUCUCUUUUUUAUUCUAGUCUGUGUCUUUUCUCUGUUCAUUGUGGUCUGUGUCCAGUCUGUUCAUUGUUGUCUUUUCUCUGUUCAUUGUGGUCUGUGUCUCUUUCUCUGUCCAUUCCAGUUUAUGCCUUUUUCUUUUUUAUUCUAGUCUGUGUCUUUUCUCUGUUCAUUCAUUCUGUGUCUUUUUCUCUGUUCAUUGUGGUCUGUCUUUUUUCUCUGUUCAUUGUGGUCUGUGUCUUUUUCUCUGUUCAUUGUGGUCUGUGUCUCUUUUCUCUGUCCAUUCCAGUUUAUGCCUUUUUCUCUUUUUAUUCCAGUCUGUGUCUCUUCUCUCUGUUCAUUCCUGUCUGGGUUUCAUUCCUAUCAAUCUGUCUCUGUCACAUUCUUACCAGUCUGUCUCUGUCUCAUUCUUACCAGUCUGUCUCUGUCUCAUUCCUACCAGUCUGUCUUUGUCUCAUUCCUACCAGUCUGUCUUUGUCUCAUUCCUACCAGUCUGUCUUUGUCUCAUUCCUACCGUCUGUCUCUGUCUCAUUCCUACCAGUCUGUCUCUGUCUCAUUCCCCGUCUGUCUCUGUCCUACCAGUCUGUCUCUGUCUCAUUCCUACCAGUCUGUCUCUGUCUCAUUCAGUCUGUCUCUGUCUCAUUCCUACCAGUCUGUCUCUGUCUCAUUCCUACCCGUCUGUCUCUGUCUCAUUCCUACCAGUCUGUCUCUGUCUCAUUCCUACCAGUCUGUCUCUGUCUCAUUCCUACCCGUCUGUCUUCUCAUUCUCAUUCUCUGUCUCAUUCCUACCAGUCUGUCUCUGUCUCAUUCCUACCAGUCUGUCUCUGUCUCAUUCCUACCCGUCUGUCUCUGUCUCAUUCCUACCAGUCUGUCUCUGUCUCAUUCCUACCAGUCUGUCUCUGUCUCAUUCCUACCAGUCUGUCUCUGUCUCAUUCCUACCAGUCUGUCUCUGUCUCAUUCCUACCAGUCUGUCUCUGUCUCAUUCCUACCCGUCUGUCUCUGUCUCAUUCCUACCCGUCUGUCUCUGUCUCAUUCCUACCAGUCUGUCUCUGUCUCAUUCCUACCCGUCUGUCUCUGUCUCAUUCCUACCCAUCUGUCUCUGUCUCAUUCCUACCCGUCUGUCUCUGUCUCAUUCCUACCCGUCUGUCUCUGUCUCAUUCCUACCAGUCUGUCUCUGUCUCAUUCCUACCAGUCUGUCUCUGUCUCAUUCCUACCCGUCUGUCUCUGUCUCAUUCCUACCAGUCUGUCUCUGUCUCAUUCCUACCAAUCACUUCCCUUUAUGCUUCUUAUCUCUCUCUCUCUCUCUUUACCACUUUACUUUUCAUCCCCUGCUUUCUCCUUCUUUCUCUACUUCUCUGUUUAUUACCCUAUCUUUCUCUGUUUCCUACGUCUCUCUUAGCCUCUUGA